AUGAUAGGCCACCUAAAGCUAGGCGUUGACGUAAUUAGUGCUCACAAUCUUCCGCCAAAGGAAGGCCAUGGCAACACAUCAUUUACCACAUUCGUAGAGCUAUCCUUGGAUGGUCAGAAAUUCCACACCACUACAAAACCGAACGAUCUAAACCCUGUUUGGAACGAGUCUUUCUACUUCACCAUAUCGGAUCCUUCCACCCUCCAUAAUCAUUCACUUCACGCUUACGUCUAUAGAAAUCAAUCACCCGGAAACUCAAAAUCCUUACUCGGAAAGAUCUCUCUUAACGAAACAUCUUUCGUGCCCCAUUCUGAUGCUCUUGUCUUCAACUACCCUUUAGAGAAACGAACUGUCUUCUCCCACACGAGAGGAGAACUCGGCCUUAAGGUUUACAUCACUAACGAUUCUUCCAUAAGAUCUUCCUCGGAAGUUCAUAAUUCCAAAUCUCAUACAUUUCAUCACCUUCCUAGAGCCGAGAAUAGUAUGUCGAAUCCUCCCACGAAGUACGUUGAAAUCAAUGAAUUGAAAUCUGAACCGCUUCUGCCUCCGAAGCCCAUCGCCAUGCACUCUGUUUCCUCGAUGCAACCGUUCGAGUUUGCGAUUAAGGAAACCAGCCCGUUUCUAGGUGGAGGUCGGGUGGUUGGAGGUCGUGUUGUUCGAGCUGAUAAGCCUGUCUCGACUUAUGAUCUUGUCGAGAAGAUGUACUUCCUUUUUGUUAGGGUUGUCAAGGCUCGUGAUCUUCCGUCCAUGGACUUGACUGGGAGUCUCGAUCCUUACGUUGAGGUGAAGAUUGGGAAUUACAAAGGAAUCACUAGGCAUGUUGAGAAAAACCAAAAUCCUUAUUGGAAUCUUGUUUUCGCAUUCACUAAAGAUCGGAUGCAAGCGACUAUCAUGGAGGUUGAGGUUAAGGAUAAAGAUUUGAUUAAGGAUGAUUUUGUGGGAAUCGUCAGGUUUGAUCUCAACGAGGUACCGAUACGUGUCCCGCCGGAUAGUCCACUUGCGCCGGAGUGGUAUAGGUUGGAAGAUAGAACAAGGGAGAAGAUUAAAGGUGAGUUAAUGCUUGCGGUAUGGUAUGGUACUCAAGUCGAUGAAGCUUUCUCGGAUGCUUGGCAUUCAGACGCAGCAAUCCCCGUCGAUAGCACGACGGCGGCGUCGGCUGUAAUACGGUCGAAAGUGUAUCAAGCUCCUCGUUUAUGGUAUUUACGGGUUAACAUUGUGGAGGCACAGGAUCUGGUGUCAAUGGAGAGGAAUAGGCUUCCGGAUGUGUAUGUUAAAGCUCAAGUAGGUAACCAAGUGAUGAGGACAAAGAAUGUUCGAUCGGGAACGUUUAAUCCCCUAUGGAAUGAAGAUCUCAUGUUCGUGGCUGCCGAGCCGUUUGACGAUCACUUAGUAUUAUCCGUGGAGGAACGAGUGGGACAAGGAAAGGACGAAACGAUUGGGAGGGUGAUAAUUCCAUUAAGCACCGUGGAGAAACGCGCCGACGAUCGUAUCAUACAUUCCCGGUGGUUCAAUCUCGAAAAACCAGUCAUUAUUGAUUUGGACCAACUAAAGAGAGAAAAAUUCUCAAGCAAGAUCCAUCUUAGAGUUUGUCUAGAUGGAGGGUACCAUGUGUUGGACGAGUCGACUCACUAUAGUAGUGAUCUCCGCCCCACAGACAAGCAACUAUGGAGGCCUCCGAUUGGGGUGUUAGAGCUCGGAAUCUUGAAUGCGGUCGGGCUGCAUCCGAUGAAAACUCGAGAAGGGAAGGGAACAUCAGACACGUUUUGCGUCGCGAAGUAUGGACACAAAUGGAUUCGAACUCGUACGAUCGUAGACAAUUUAUCUCCCAAGUAUAACGAGCAAUACACUUGGGAAGUGUUCGAUCCCUCCACUGUGUUGACUAUUGGCGUUUUCGACAAUAGUCAACUUGACUCGGGAUUGAACAAUAAGGACGUGGAGAUUGGAAAGGUUCGCAUCCGAAUAUCAACGUUGGAAACAGGACGAAUCUACACGCAUUCUUACCCAUUACUCGUGCUUAAACCAUCCGGUGUCAAGAAAAUGGGAGAACUACACAUGGCUAUACGUUUCUCAUGCACUUCUUUCGCCAACAUGCUUCACAUCUACUCACGCCCGUUGCUACCAAAAAUGCACUACGUCAGGCCGUUAAGCGUCAUGCAGCUUGAUAUGUUACGUCGUCAAGCCGUUACCAUCGUGGUGGCUCGACUAGGUCGAGCCGAGCCACCUCUACGGAAGGAAGUGGUGGAGUACAUGACGGAUGCAGAUUCACAUCUUUGGAGCAUGAGGAAAAGUAGAGCAAAUUUCUUCCGUUUAGUGUCAGUUUUCUCAGGUCUAUUCGCAGCGAGGAAAUGGUUGGGAGACGUUUGUAUGUGGAGGAACCCUAUAACCACAGUUCUUGUACACGUGCUUUACUUAAUGUUGGCUUGUUUACCGGAGCUGAUAUUACCGACGUUCUUCCUCUAUUUGUUUUUGAUCGGCAUUUGGAAUUUUCGAUACCGGGCCAGGUACCCGCCGCACAUGAACAUGAGAUUAUCCCAGGCCGAGGCGGCCAAUGCGGAGGAGCUUGACGAGGAAUUCGAUAUGUUUCCGACGAGUCGGGACCCGGAGGUGGUGAGGAUGAGGUAUGAUAGACUGAGGAGCAUGGCUGGAAGGAUGCAGACGGUGUUGGGUGAUGUGGCAUCACAAGGUGAACGGGUGCAAUCGUUGUUGAGCUGGAGGGACCCGCGAGCUACGUCUAUAUUUGUGACGUUUUGUUUGGGGACGGCUGUGUUUUUGUAUGUGACUCCAUUUCAGGUAAUUGUGGCUUUUUGGGGGAUGUAUAUGAUGAGGCAUCCGAGGUUUAGACAUCGUUUGCCAUCGGCUCCUGUGAAUUUCUUUCGUCGGUUGUCUGCAAGGACGGACAGCAUGCUGUAG